CCCCCCCGACACACACACACAUUUUUUUGAUCGCUCACUAUUUUCUUCAAAAGCUUUUCCAAUAAUGCAAAUGUAUGAUUGAUGGGCGACAUGUGGAAAGGGAACCCACCAGAAAAAUCGCUCACAUGUAUUGCUUGAUUGGCUGGUUACUUAUUUUGUUGCUAGGUUAGUUAGUUAGUUAGUAGAUUGGAUUUUUGGCAAGUUGGUUAUAUCUUAAGUGGGUUGGUUGUCAAUUUAGUCAGCUGGAAGUUUAAUGAGCGGAUUUACUUGUUGGAUUACUGCAAAGACUGCGUUUGAUGUACAUUCAGGUGUGAAAUUCUUGCCCCGCUGCCAGGUGAAGUCUGGAAGCGCUUUGGCGUCAGAGGACGGGAGUCCAAGUCCAGCAUUGAACAACAACAACAAAAGAAAACGCAGACAUGCUAACUGGGUACUGCCAAGGAAAAGAUUUCGAAGGUACACGCUACUGUAUUCCAGAAUUGGAGCGUCCUGUGUCUUUCAGGAUCAGUUUAAGGGAUGUCUUGGAAUGAUGUCACGGUGCGACUUGGAUGAGGCGUCUUUGAAGACGUGUUCACAGAGUAUGAUUCGUCUGCUGGGGCUUCUUCCAUCCAGUCCUGUUUGGCUUCCGCUUUCCUGCUCUUGCCGUCAUAAGGAUAAAUCUCAACUCCAUCAACCUUUUUUACAUGGAGACCCUGCAAAAUUACCACAUCACACGAGCUGGCAUUCAUCCCUUUUGCUGUGUUCUGCGUACAAAGAGACCCAGCAAAAUCUCUGGCAUUCACUUCCUUCGCUGGGUUCUGUGAGGAGGAGGAGAAGACAACGAAGAAGAAUCAUCAUCCUUUUUUUGUCCACAUUGUUCCCCGUGGCAGCAGCCGAUGUUCUGAACCUCUUGACCGCAUCAGGUAGCAAAAGGACAGCGCGCAGAGCAGCCGGCAACUUUUAA